CUCUAUGACCAUAUCUCACCACGAAUCAUUAUCACUCCUUCUCUCUUUUAUUCCCUCUAUAUCUAUCUCUCUGUUUUCUUUACUUGUUGGAUAUGGGAGAAGCCGUAGAGAUCAUGUUUGGAAAUGGGUUCCCGGAGAUUCACAAAGACACCUCACCCAUUCAAACCCUCCUCUCUAACCAGCAGGACUGCCACUGGUACGAAGAAACCAUCGAUGAUGAUCUCAAGUGGUCUUUUGCUCUCAACAGUGUACUCCAUACAGGAACUAGUGAGUACCAAGAAAUUGCUCUUCUGGACACCAAACAUUUCGGCAAGGUGCUUGUGAUUGACGGGAAAAUGCAAAGUGCAGAGAGAGAUGAGUUUAUCUACCAUGAAUGUUUGAUCCACCCUGCCCUCCUUUUCCACCCCAACCCCAAGACAGUGUUCAUAAUGGGAGGAGGUGAAGGCUCUGCUGCAAGAGAAAUACUAAAACACAAGACGAUCGAGAAAGUGGUCAUGUGUGAUAUUGAUCAGGAAGUUGUUGAUUUUUGUAGGAGAUUUCUGACCGUUAAUAGUGAAGCUUUUUGUAGCAAGAAGCUUGAACUUGUAAUCAAAGAUGCAAAGGCUGAACUGGAGAAGAGGGAAGAGAAGUUUGAUAUCAUAGUGGGAGAUUUAGCAGACCCAGUAGAAGGUGGACCUUGUUACCAGCUCUACACCAAAUCCUUCUACCAAAACAUCCUCAAACCCAAGCUUACCCCUAAUGGCAUUUUUGUGACUCAGGCUGGACCAGCAGGAAUAUUCACUCAUAAAGAAGUCUUUACAUCAAUCUACAACACCAUGAAGCAAGUCUUCAAACACGUGAAGGCUUACACAGCACAUGUACCGUCAUUUGCCGACACUUGGGGAUGGGUGAUGGCAUCAGACCAAGAGUUUGAGGUCCAAGUGAAUGAAAUAGAUCAAAGAAUCGAAGAGAGAGUGAAAGGAGAGUUGAUGUAUCUAAACGCUCCUUCGUUCCUCUCUGCUGCUACUCUCAACAAAACCAUCUCUCUCGCGCUGGAGAAGGAGACGGAAGUUUAUAGCGAAGAGAACGCAAGAUUCAUUCAUGGUCAUGGUGUGGCGUACCGGCAUACCUGAAGAAGAACCGGUUUCAAUUUCAAGAUUAAUACCAUGCCCAUGUUCACACACACCAAAAAAAAAAACCGGUUUUGUUUCUCCGCGCAUAACCGGGCGUAUGUUGUCUUGAUUAAUUUAGUUGGGGGUGUCUCUUUUUCUACUUUGCUUGUUCCUCAAGUUAUUUCGGUUUUGCUUACUAAGAAAAACCCCUUCGUCAUCAUCAAUAUCUUCACUUUGGUA